GAGGGGGGGGGGGAGUCUUCCCAGUCAGGCUGAGUCUCUCACAGCCUACACACUCUCCCGACACAACCUCGGGCUCAGUAAUGUUGAAUACGCUGUGAGAGUGAGCUGUACCUUCCUCACACGCUCCGCUAUCACCUGCUCGAGGACACACAGCUGGCCACCAUGGAGGAGGCUGACCUGCUGAAGGAAAGGCUCCAGGCAAUCACGGACAAGAGAAGGAUCCAGGAGAACAUCGCCAAGAAGAGGAGACAGAUCGAAGAGGAGAAAUUAAAGCUGCAGUACAUAAAGAAGAAAGCCCUGAGGGAGCAGUGGCUGAUGGACGGGCUGAGUCAGCAGUCGGAGGAGGAGCAGGAAGCCAUGAGGCUUCAGGCUCAGGAUGAACAGCAGCAGAGCGAAGAGCUGCAGAGCAACAUCCUCCAGAUAGAGGAGGAGAUCGAGACCUUGGAGACAAAGGAGCUCAACAUCUCCGCCCAUGAAGAGGUGGUUCUGAAACGAUUAAAGGAGGUGGAGAGGACGGCUGAGGACAUUAUCAAGAGAGCUACCUCGAUGGAUAGAGAGGCAGAUGGAAAAGAUCUGAACGAAGGCUGCAGCACAACUGAGAACCACAGCUCCUUCUCUGUCACCAUGGAAACCACUGAACAAUCAGAGCUGGCGAUGGACUGUGAAGUGGAGGGCACUGUGGCUGAUUCACCUGAGCAGGAGAAUGAUUUCAAUGAAAACGAGGAGCGAGUUUGCACAGAGACAGACUCAUCAGAUUUCCCAGGGGAAACAACGCUCGGCAAAUUAUUAAUUGACCUGCCAGCUGGCACAAUUGAGAUGGACAAGCCUGACUGCUCUGAGACCAGUGUUUGCACUGAAACCCCUUGUCAGGGUCAGAAGGAAGCUUUGAUAUUAGAAUCAGGGCACGAAGAGCUCAACAGAAAUGAGUCGAUCACCUCGUCUGUGUCCGACACACUCUCCAGUGCUGACAGUGUUUAUGAGAACGAAGCCCAUCGCAAAGACACGCCAGAACAAGACCCUGAACCAGAGCAGUGUCCUGAGACAGAGCAAGACCAGGAACCAGAGCAAUACCCUGAGCCAGAGCAAUACCCUAAGCCAGAGCAAGACCCUGAACCAGAGCAAAACCCUGAACCAGAGCAAUACCCUGAGCAACAGCAAGACCAUGAACCGGAGCAAUACCCUGAGCAAGAGCAAGACCCUGAACCAGAGCAAUACCUUGAGCAAGAGGAAGAUCUUGAGCUGGGGCACUACCCCAAGCCAGAACAAGACCCUGAACCAGACCAGUACCCUGAGCCGGAGCAAUACUCCGAGCUAGAGUUAUACCCUGAGCCGGAGCCGGAGGCUGAGGAUAAUGAGCUUAAUCUCGAAGAUGAUGGUUAUCAAAAUGUGGCAAUAGAUACAGAGGACGACCCAGAGGUCCAAGACAUCCUAUUUGAACCCCCCGUUACAGAAGAGUCAAUAUUAGCGCAGUGUAUCAGAGAAGAAGCAAUGUCAGAUGUUUCCAAUGAAUCCUGCCGUGACCUUGAGCCUGACGAAAUGGACGAAUGCCUGAGGGUUGAGAUUGCAGAAGCUUCCUCUGACAGUGAGGCAGACGACAAAUGGAGAACAAUAUUCUCCUCUUCUAUAAAUAGAGAAGACGAUGACUCAUAUUUGGACAGUCUUCAACUCAGUGCUCAGGAGCUCUUUGUGCAGAAAGUUGAGGAGACAGACUUUGACGAACAAGACAAUAACAACUAUGAAGAGGUCAGUUUCGAAGUUCCACUAGUGGAAGAAGUUCUGGAACAACCUGAGGAUAUAAUUCCCUUUCCUAGCCCUCCACACGAGGUUAAAUAUAACCCUUUAGGCAUUCAAGGUUUGUCCAAAAUCUCUGAGGACGACAGCGAAAAUGGCAGAGAUGCCAAUCAUAACCACGCCAAGCACAUCAAUGCAGAUUUGAACAAGAAGCUACCCAAAGACUUCUGUGUGAUACAAGAGACCAAGAGCGAGAACGUUAGCACAGAACAUGUGGACUUCCAGCUGGCUCGAAAACAGUGGCGGAAAAUGGAGGAGCAAACAAUGAACAUGAUUGUCUUACCUACAACCAAGCAGCCCAGCUUCCAUGGCAGCCACAGCUUCAUGUACACACCGGUCCGCAACAUUGAAAGAACUCAAAAGAAAGCACAUGAUCUGGAGAACUUGAAUCUGGUUGGCGAGUAUCCUCACACCCAAUUCAGCCCUUGUUCAGAGGAUUCUGGCCUGGAUGAUUCCAGUUACAGGUCCCCUUACGAUGACCCAGAAACAUCAGUUGAAAGGGAGAUUCGCAUAUCAAUGGAGAGGGAGGAGAACUUCAGGAGAGAGAGGGGCUUCUCCAGGAUGGGCAAAUCAACUGAUUGUGCUCCGUCACGAAGUAUCCCCAGAUCCAUAAGCACUCCACUGACACCAUCAUUCAUCAUCACCUCCUCACCCACUAAGGAACCACUGAAACACGAAGUAUCAGCAAACAACGUUAUCAUUCUCGACCCCAGCAAUGAUUUCACCUCCAGCCCCAGGCGUGGCAAAGACAACGUGGCAGCUCAGUCCGGCAAGUGGUGCUCCGAGGACAACGGCUCGAACCUCAUCAUCCUAGAGACAUCCAAUCUGAUUAUUCGCAGUGCCUCAGAGUUCUCACUCAACAAAGCCUGCGAGCAGCCCCAGGAAAAAAUGUUCCUGAAGAACCCCUUUUUCAAGCUGCGUUCAAGAAGCACAUUGUCACUGGUGGACGAAGAGAUUAAGAUGGUGAAGGAGAGGGAGGACGAGCUGAGGAAAGAGAGGGCCAAUCUAUAUGGCAAAGACAGGUUCAAUAAUGAAAGGCUAUUGUCAAAUCACAUGGACACUUUGACGUUUGACAAUUCAGUUGAUGUCCCGGUGAAGUGCAAGUCCUCUCCAUCAUCACCAAUGAAAACCGCCUACAGGAUGGAUCGCUCUGCUUUAUCCUGUGAUCACAGAUUUCCAGAGGUCUACGCAGGAGGAAGACGCAAGAGUGCCAUGGCUCUGCGCUGGGAGGCGGGCGAGUUUACAAAAAACGAGUGAAGAGGACCAAAUCAACAGUUUGCCAUAUAAGGGCAUUGGUUGUCAGUGUUAUACUCAUUCAAGUUAAAUGCAGUGUUGCAAUUGUUUGUUUCAUCUUGUGACAUAACCUGAACUCUCUGCUUCUGUGAUGCUUUGGGCAAAACUUCAACGACAAUGAGAAUGUUUGUGGCCACAUUACUUCUGAUAAAGUGCAUAAAGAACUCAUACACACAUUUGUAUAGUGAACCAUGGACGCAGAUAACACUUGAAUUUGGCCAGAGGGUGUGCAUUAUUUUCAGAGACCUACAGGGCUCUGACAUCUCCUUAUCACUUUUGAAUCAACAAUCCGAGCUGGAAGGCUGCUGGUUUCAGCUCUUAUGAGGCUACAGCUUCUACUACAUGUUGGAGUACUAAUGUUUAUUACAAUAUUGGCAAGGCUAGGGGUAUUGUUCUCGCUUCGCGUGCGAGAGGUCCCAGGUUCAAAUCCCGGAAGAGCCCCCAAUUCAUGUUACGACCCGGCCUAGGGGAAACCAUGGCGCAACAUGAAUAAUAAGGCUCCCCUCUCCCAAGCUCCCGAAGACAACCAGCAACGAGGAAUUCGCAGCCAUUUACAAAGUUUAUUUAACUCAUCUUCAGGGUAGACUAUUGCAAAAUAAUAACAGCUCAACAACCUAACCUUACCUACUUCAAAGAAAGGAAACAAAAGACAAAUACUAACCUAACUCCUACGGAAAAACAGGAGAAAAAAGGGUUAAA